AUGUCCACGGUUCGUUCAUCCGCCACCGAGUCAUUAACAACGGUUCACAACAGUCCCGCCGUCAAGAAAUACAAAGCUGCACUCUCAACAGAAGUAAAGACGCGUCGAAUGACAAAAACUGGCUCAGCGUCUUGUCCUGGCUCUCCUCGAACACCCAUGCGUAGCCAGAGCCGCUGCGAGGACGUUGUAAUGGAAAGCAAGAUGGACGUAAGCCGUAUAGAUCCAGAGCAGGCUCUGGUAGAUGCAGAGAACGUGGACGUCGAUCUUAAUUUCGAGUUGGACGAGCGCGAGUUACGCUCUAUGCAGUAUGGCUGGAAGGAUAAGGUCCCAUGUAUCAAUACGAGUUCGCCCUACCAAAUGAACGCAAGCGUGGACUGCCAAGCCUUCGGAGAAUUCGCUGAAACUACUGCCACAAUAUCACAAGCCCCGGGGACUCCAGCGCCAGAAUAUCACUACAACAGGGUGCUUGUCGGCUCAGACAACAAGUUCGUAUACUGUGCGGCUGCACAAGGCCGCAUCGAAGCUGCAAUGAAUGGUUACAAUAGCCCCGGUAUCAUUCCACGAGCAAUGAAAGAUGUCUUUGCAUUCAUCCGUCGGACUCCAUCUCGCGAGUAUCUAUUGCGGUGCUCGUGUCUCGAAAUCUAUAAUGAAGUCAAUUUCGAUUUACUUGCUCCGCCUUCAGUAUGCUCUGCCGUUCAAAUUCAAGGUAUCGGAGACAACGUCAUUCUUGCUCUGCUUCGUGAAGAAGUCGUUACUAGUCUAAAAGGUGUACACGAACUCCUUGACCAUGGUUACGGGAACAGACGCACAGCAAGUACAGACUGGAAUGAACGAAGCUCGGGCAGUCAUUCUAUCCUUCGACUUGCAAUUGAGAGCCGAGAGCGUGAGAGCGUAUCUGAAGUUGAAGAUGGACAGGCUGCACCAUUUGUUCCACACUUACCAGGUGUCGGUGUGAAAUUCCGUACCGAUGUCCGAAAUUUAUGCAAAAAUGGAAGUUUAUUCUCACAGGAAUUCGAGUUGCUGUGUUUGAUAUUCACACCCAGUUCACGAACUCUUCCAAUCUACUACCUUUUCGAACGCAAAGUCUUGAGGACUACGAUAUUACACUACCUUUCAAAUAUGUCUUUCAAGUCUACUCAACCGCUUGCUUGA